CGGGAAAAUAUCUAACAGUGCAUACGAAUUUAAAGAGUACAUUCUUGACCGAGGAUUAUAUUUCAUUGCUCAGAAAUAAAAACAGGAACUUUACCUAUUUUGAUUUCAUCCAGAAAGGGUAGAAACAUACUAGAACGUGACAAAACGAUCGAUGGGAAACGAAGUAAGUAAGCCGUUUGAGACAGUGGUAGACACGGUCAAGGAAACAAGUUCGACAGUGGUAGACACGGUCAAGGAAACAAGUUCAACAGUGGUAGACACGGUGAAAGAAACAAGUUCGACAGUGGUAAACACGGUCAAUGAAACAGGUUCGACAGUGGUUCACAAGACUAAUGAAAUUGUGGACAAGUGUUCUGCUGUGGUAGGGGAAUCUAUUAAACCAACGAUCCUCACCGCUGUUGAUUCCAUGAGUUCAUCAUCAACAACAUAUGAACGGGAACAAAAAGGUAUCAAGCCAGAUUUGAACAUGUCACCAUCUUACGAACGCUCCACUGAAAAAGGAAAUUCAUACAGGGGAGGAAACAACAGUUCCUCGUUGAAACGCAUUGGGAUUGCAUUGUCCGAAAUCAAGGUUUGUCCGGAAAAUGCGGGAAGUGUUGGGCGUAGUCUACAGGACAAAUACUUUAGUGAUUGGGGCGAAGCAUGCUAUGUGAAGGAUUACAUCGGGUUCUCAUCGUCAGAAUUGCAUACCAUUGUUGAAAAGAUUGGUGAUGUGUUUGGCGACAAUAAACGGGAAAUACAAGGACAUCUGAGACAGAUCCAGUUUUGUGAAGACUUGGACGUUAAAGUGUUUGAGUUCACAUUUGGGGAGGGUCUUAGCUCGGGCCAAAUUCAGUUUGGAAUGAUUGCAAUUUCAAAAUCAGGUAUCGACCUAGAAGCUGUGUCCUGCCUAUAUCAGCUUAACUUCACCCUCGCACCUAUCAGUGUUGCCAAGGAGACAAAGCGCUAUUUCUUGUGGUUCGAGGUUGGGUCCAGCAGGAGCACAUGGCAGGAAGGGACGCACCUUGGAGUUGUUACACAGAAAGAACUGUUGAACUUUUGUAGGUACAAAGCGUUGAGGGUAUUUCAGAACAAAAACUUGGUGGCAAAUAUAAAUAGUGUUUCUACUCUGGACAACGUAUAAACUUGAAAUCGCCAUGUUACCGACACCAAUUUGUAAUAUAACAAAAUUGGUCCAAACGAGGAGGAUUAUGUCAAAACCGUUCUGCAUACAAAGAUGCAUGGGACUAUAUAUAACUUAACUUCCAUACACAGUUGAACAAUUGUGAUAGAUAUAAACUUAUCUUUUGGUCAUGGAUACCCCAAUUAAUAUGUACUGAGUGUUUGUUUGCAUACAUUUUUUAUGGAAUAAAACCACUUUUUCGUUUUCAUUUCAUGUAAAUAUGUAAUAUUUUAGAAGUACCUCUUACCUAUAUGAUUUAAUAAACAGACGUUAACAGUUUAAAGAGAACUUCAUAGUUCAAAGUGGA